CAGAAUGCAGAAUAAUUACUGCAAAUGUGCAAAUGCAGGUACUCUGCUACAUACUUACUUAUUGCUCUCUCGGAUUACUGUAUGAAUAAUAAUCGUAUAUCCAAUUGUAUGUGAUAACACCACUUUCUCGCCGUCUUGCCUCGUGAAAGUUUCCGAACUUGUGAUGAACAGUUUUUUGCACAGAUUUAUGGUUUAACUAGAUAUAACUUCCUUGUGGACAAGAACAGUAGCUGUAUAUGUGACCUUGGGUUUGGCUGGUAGUGUAUCUAGAUGAUAAUGUUCCGGCUGCAGGUAUACAGGUCGCCACAAGUGUUGUUAUUGACAACGACCAACCUCUGACGACGAUCUUGAGAUACCCUGAGGUUGCCUGCGCUGCCAUCACACUGUAUUUUUGUCUACAGCUCGAGGCGAGGGUUCUCCAAAGCCUCUUUUCAUUUUCGAGGAUCUAUAACUAGUGUACCUACCUUAUAAAUAGGUACCCUCUUUUGCUCUACUAUUAUUUUUCCACCAAACCUUAGAUAUGGCUGAGAACCAGGCCAACUCGUCCAACCAAGGUGACAGUAGUAGGCCAUUUAAUUUUCCAGGAUUGGACUUUAGGUCAAACAGUGAAGCUCAAAACGAUGUAGCUGCGGAAAAACGUAGGCAGCUAAAAUUUAGCUUUCAAAGUCCUGGGGGUACUAUUCCAUUUUCGAAUUCAACCAGUUCUAUAAUUACGAAUUCUACAAUGGUACCGAGUUGUCCACCGAUUUCGAUCUCACGUCCAAGCUUGCCUUUACCUUUACCAAAACUUCCUGCAAGGACUCAUGCAGUAACACAAGACUUCUUACCUGACAAAGCAAGAGACAAAUUCAAAAUGUGCCAUUCAAUGCAAAGCACAGGGAAGUUACAACUUUCUCCAGAUACAGUGUAUGACUUCACAAGUGAAGAUCUUCAAGAUGUAGGUGAAAUUGGUAGAGGAGGUUUUGGAACUGUAAAUAAAAUGAUACAUAGGAUAAGCAAUACUGUCAUGGCUGUGAAGAGAAUUCGUUCGACAGUAGAUGAAAAAGAGCAAAAGCAAUUAUUAAUGGACCUGGAAGUUGUCAUGAAAUCCAAUGAGUGUCCUUAUAUUGUGCAAUUUUAUGGAGCUUUAUUUAAAGAAGGAGACUGUUGGAUAUGCAUGGAACUGAUGGACACUUCAUUAGACAAGUUUUACAAGUUUAUUUAUGAAAGACUCAACGAAAGGAUACCAGAAUGUAUCUUAGGAAAAAUUACAGUAGCCACUGUAAAAGCUUUAAAUUAUUUAAAAGAAAAGUUGCGUAUCAUUCACCGCGAUGUCAAACCAAGUAAUAUUCUACUUGACAGAGGAGGCAAUAUAAAGCUGUGUGAUUUUGGUAUAUCUGGCCAAUUAGUAGAUUCAAUAGCUCGAACACGAGAUGCAGGAUGCAGACCAUACAUGGCUCCUGAACGCAUAGAUCCUCAGCGCGCAAGAGGUUACGAUGUGAGGAGCGACGUCUGGUCCCUUGGUAUCACAUUAAUGGAAGUAGCUACAGGGUAUUUUCCCUAUCCAAAAUGGAACUCUGUUUUUGAACAACUCUAUCAAGUAGUGCAGGGUGAACCACCCAGAUUGUCUUCUGUUCAUAACGGAUUCACAUUCACUAUGGAUUUUGUUAAUUUCGUAAAUACUUGUCUUAUUAAAGAAGAAAAUCAACGUCCAAAGUACAAUAAACUUUUAGAGCACCAAUUUAUUAGAAUAUCCGAAGAGGCAGCGAUAGACGUAGCCGCUUAUAUUGGCGGCGUCUUGGACAAUAUGGCAAACAAUGGUGUAACUCCUUUCACCACAAACCAGCCUUAAAAAAAAAAAAUAAAUAAAUAAAUAAACCGAAGGAAAAUACCAAUAUGCGUAAAGCUCAAGUUAAGACAGAAACUGAGUAAAAAAGCAAGUAAAAAUCGAAAGAAAGAAAAUCACAGACCGUUCCUUUGUUAUUGCAAUCCUGCGUUUUCCUCCCUCAAGGCCUGUGUAACUUUUUAGUAGGUGAGAAAACGCUCUUAUCUAGUGUAAUUAUAAAAUAAUUAAAUAACACGAGAAUCAACUGUAGAGAUGAAGAGAAAAAUAAUUCUUUACUUCUAUGUUCCCAAAAAAUACUCGUGUAGAAUAUCGAGCGAGCGCGUCUCGACUAUCUACGAUAUUUUAAUGUAGGCAAGAAAAUAGUAAUUGAAAGAAAAAUCGACAAUGGGUGGGAUAAAUUGUUCAUAUUUUAAGACGAAUUAAUGUAGCUCUCAUUGAUAAAUAAUAUACCGAAUUCAAAUAAAUAUUUAUUUUGACAUCUGUCUUUGGAUGCCUUUUACGUGGAUUUGUAAUAGAAAUGUAUAACACCAAUGAAAGUUUCGUUUGAAUCUCAAACGUUGCGUUACUCAAAAAUUACCAAUUAAGGUUUUUCUUUCUCCCUCAAACCCUUUUUGACACCAGUGAGACAUAUGAGAAAGCCAUUACUGAACAUAUUCGUUAUAAAGCCUUAGCAUUGAUGCAAAACGAAUAAAAAAAAUGUUGAUUUACUGCAUUUCUAUGGGUAAGUAAUUACCAUAAUAUCACGAAGCAAUAAUCCACUUGUCGAUCUUAAUUUUAAUACAAAACUUUAUCAUAAACAGUGCUAGUUUAUUUAGAAAUGCUACCGCUGAAAUCGUCAACAUUUGUUGUUGUUUUUUUUUUUCGAAACAACAAUUAUUUUGCUUUACCUUUAUAACUGUGAGAAAUACGGUUUUCCGCAUAAGUCACCAAAUUUGUUGGAAACGCGUUUCAGUCGAUCACAUGGUACGAGUGCGAGUCAAUCGUACAAGUACACGAUGAUGCGAAAGUUGUCCUGCACAAAUUGCGUAAAAACUUCAUAAAAGUGUGUAGGAAAUUGAUUAUUUUCUACACACUAUUUCGAAUACCUAUUUUCCACACGAAAAAUUUUGUACACUACUCGUGCAAUCAACCAAUUCAUUUGUGAUUCAAGCUUUAACGAUAUCUACACAGAACAAUGAGUGCAAUGGCUGCUUUUAAUCUAACAGCAACGCGUAAAUCGCUAUUGCAUGCGUAGAGAUUGAGCGAAAAAUCAUGUUCCUCUUUGUUCUGUUUUGAAGUGUAGAAAAAAAAAAAAAAAA